AUAUUUUCGUGUAGCCCCACCGGAAGUACGGAUCGUGGCCGAUUGCUGGUCGUGUGAGACGGAAUUGUACAUUUACUUAUGCCGCUUAAGGAUCAGUCAAACUCCACCGUGAUGAAGCCUGCAGUGGACGAGAUGUUUCCCGAAGGCGCCGGACCUUACGUGGAUCUCGAUGAGGCAGGGGGGAGUACAGGAUUGCUAAUGGAUUUAGCUGCCAACGAGAAAGCGGUUCACGCGGACUUCUUUAACGAUUUUGAAGACCUUUUUGAUGACGACGACAUCCAGUGAUUCUCUCCUUGUUAUCCCCGUGGAGUUUCUGUUAUAGGAUGGACCUCUUGCUCUAGAAAAUGGACUUUAUUCGUUGAGUUGGGCAGACUGUUUCAUGUUGUUAAUAAAUUCUGUAAAGCUUUCCAGCUGGUGCCAGAUGUUCCCAAAUUCUUAGAAUGCCAAACAUUUGGCAGUGCGCUCUGUUAAAAUUACGGCACUGGGUCAUGUUCGUGUCUAAUGCUGCUUCUAGUGAAGAUUGUAGGUUUGCUCUGGGAUUCAGAACACCUGUUCCUGGUCUAUUUUGAGUGUAAUAAUAUCCUCAGUGAUAAUGAUUAAUUAAUUCUGACAUGGCAUCUUAAUAAGGAUAUUAAUAGAAUAUGGAGUCACAAAUAAACGUUCCAUCCUAAUCAUAA